AUGGAUGAAGCUGUUCUUAAAAAGGUUUCCAGGUUUUUACAAAAGCAGACGGACAAUGAAGCGACCUUUUCAACGUUUUGGGACGGAACGAAAGACUUUUAUCCGCCUGGUCAGUCCAAGACCAAAUUCAAAGCUUGGCUGAAAGCGAUGAUGAAACAACACCCAGAAAGAUUCGAAAUCAUUAAAGGUGAAACUGGUGAUCCUUUUGGUAAGAUAAAAGUAAAAGUAGAAGCACCUAGCAAUGAUUUGCCCGACACAACUUGGGCGGAAGACAUUGAAAUUACACAAAAAUUGAUUGAAUCUGUUGAUGACGAAGCUAAGAAAGGGCACUUGUAUUCAAAUAUUUGUAACUCUAAGGCGUUGAUAUUUCCCGAGAAAUUACAGGAUAAGAAGUAUAUCAAGUUGUGGCUGACAGAGCAUGAAAAUUUGUUUAACAUGCUUAAUGAUCAAAAUGGGGGGCUUUUUUCAGUCGAAGUUAUGGAUGAAGCAAGAACUUUAGAUAAAAGGGGGCCAUUAAUACCACCAGCAACUGGCCCAAAAAAGGCGAGUCGUGGCAAGACAACGCCUCAGAAAGCAAAAGAUGAGACUGAUUCAGUUGAUCUUUUGAAAAUGGCAGAUGAUAUUACGUUACGAAUCUCAGGGAAACUUAAAAAGGAGGGAGGGACAAUCCCAUUUGAAUCUCUGCUCAAAGCGAAGGAUGUAAUAUAUCCCUUAUGUGAGGAAGAAGCCUUAAUAUCCUUCUUGGCAGCUUAUCCUUUGAAAUUUGAGAUCAUGGAUUUGGAAGGGUUAGGCAAGUGGGUUCAUUUGAAAGGAACUGACAAUGCCAGUGCUAGCAAUGUCGGUGGUAACAAUGCUAGUGCUAACGAUGCCAUCAGUAAAGUAACAAGUUUUAUUUUUCAAAAUGGUGGAACUGUCCCAUUUGCAAAUCUCGUUAAGCAAGCAGACAUGCUGAUAGGCAAUGGUCCACAUGCAUUGUCAGCAUGGUUGAACGCUAAUGCUAAUAUUUUUGACAUUGUCCCAAAACCAGACGAUCCCUCCAAACCGGGGCAAGUUAAAGUUAAGCUCAGUUUUUUGCCACGUUUUUGCCAGCAUUACAUUACACAUGGUCAAUGUCCUAAGAAAAAGUGUCAGUUUCUGCAUAUAUGCAAGGCUUUUGUAUGCCUAUGUCCUCAUAAUAAUGAAGAGUGCAAGCUGUCACAUGAUAUCCGAGAUGCACACAACAAAGUUAUUGUUGAUAAGAUGAGUGCCCUGUGCAAAGAAACUGAUAAAGUUGUUGUCAAUGUGCUCUUGAAAAGUUGCUUUCCCCGUGUUUGUGCAGACUACAAUAAAAAUGGUGUGUGUCCAAGGGGUGACAAAUGUCAUUUUUUACAUGUCUGUGGUGGUUAUGUCUUAAAUCAAUGUGGAAAUCCUUUCUGUCCAUUAAGUCAUGAUGUGGUUGGUGAUUUACAUAAUAUUAAUUUGUUGAAGAAGUAUGCUCUGCUCCCAUCUCAGAAAUUGUCAGUUGAACUUGUCAAGGCUAACAUUGCUUAUGCCCAAGUAAUGAAAUCACAGCCCAGUCAGAGUGUUAGGAUGGGAAUGGCAAGGCUUCUGGGUUUUCCAGCUGCUGAGGUGAAAUUUGGCCAAUCCAAAGCUGGUCACACUGCUGAAGUUGAAGCAACAAAUGUGCAGCCACGUCAGAAUGUUCAGGGGAAUGAGAAGAAGAAGCGUCGACGCCCACGCCGUAGAAGAAACAAGUUUGGUCGACAAGCAUCUAGUAGCGUAGAUGCCGCUAGCUCUGAGGAAACAGAUUCGUCUACUGGUGAAGUGGACAGUGCUUCAAUUGGCAGUUCAAGUCAUGAUGCAAGACCAUUGUUGAGCUUUGAAAACAUUCAGAAAAGUAACCUAGCAACAUCUCUUGUUGGUAACCAGAAAGUUGAAAAUUGGAUGAGAUGUCCCACAGAACAGGAAGCAGAAUGUGGGUUUGGAAAUCCUGACCAACGCAAGCGGUCUGACUCUACAUCGAGUUCUGAGAUUUCUCAUGUCAGCAAUCAGAGUUCUGUAGCUAGUUCCCAAAGUUCAGUUUGGCAAGACGACCUGCAGAAAAAGGUUUUCAUUACAAUCCUGGAGAAAUAUAAUGGUAUUGCACCAUUUAGUAAAAUCUCGAAAGAUAAAGAGUUGUUUGGCCGUGAUACUGAUGUUGUGAAAUGGUUUGAAAGUAAUGUGCACCCACAGAAAUUUAUCCUGCAUCGAAAUGGGCAGGGAAAGAUCGAUACUGUGAGUGCAUUUUCAAGAAGGUCUCGGAUAUGUCUUGAUUAUGGUGGGAAACAAGGUUGUGUUAAUCCCAAUUGUGGCUUCUUACAUAUAUGCCGCAACCAUAUCGAAAGUCGCUGCCCAAAAGGAAAAGCUUGCCGUCUAAAUCAUGAUGUUAAUUCUGAUACAGUUGCCCAAGCUGUGAAGCGUAUGGGCUUCCAAGACCUUAACUCAGAACAGCUAGUGACCCUGAUCCGAGUUUCAGUCCCAACAGUUUGUCAUUUCCAUAACCAAGGACGCUGCAACCGAGGUGAAUUUUGCCCCAAUUUACAUGUUUGCAAAGCAUUUGCAAAAGGGCGUCGAUUUUGCAAAGCCAAGCCAUGCAAGCAUGGCCAUGAGGAAGCCUUGAAGCGAGAUCCUGCAACAAAAAUCCUCAGAAUGUAUCAGCUUUUUGGUAAAAAGCCGAACUACAAGUACAUUCAGAAGAUGAUUUUUGUUUUGGAGAAUGUACGAAGACGAAGCAGUGGCCCACGACAUAGUGGUGGGGAACCUGGGGAGGAGCAGGGCAAGAGAGAAGCGUCAGAUGAACCAAGAAGUUUGAUGGAUAUUGAUUUUACCCAGAAGGUUGAUAGUCCAGGUAAUAUUCAGUUUAUUAUAAUCCUGGGGAUACAUAGUUUUUCAGGAUGUUGCGUCUUGCAGGUAUUUGUACACGCUUCCUUUGAGAAGUGUACCUCUGUUGCACUUUGCAGUAUUCAAGUGCAUGCUCCUAUCUAUCCCUAUCUAGCUGUAUUUGUUCUUAUCUAUCUGUAUCUGUCACUAUCAAAGCUCCCCCUCAAAAUUCUGCGUUUCUUUUUGAGAUCUCCCUGCAUUCAGUAACCUCAGCUCCUUACUUUGAUGGGAAUAUGUCCCUAUCAGAAGUACAGUAUGUCCCCCUCUUUAGAAACCUAGCUACCCUAGCCCCCACUUUGGAGAUAAACUUAUAAGUAAGUAGUUUACUUAUAAUUCAAUGAUAGGUCCCCAUUCAGAAACCUCCCACUUUUUCAGGGUUGUGCUAAUUCAUUGCAGGGUGUAAAUUUGCUUUACAAUUUAUUUAUUAGCCCAAGAAAUAGAAGAAGUCACUCCAAAUAUUUGUCCUCAGUUUCUGAUGCAGCAGUGUCGCCGUAAAAAGUGUUCACAAAGUCGUGUUCAUUUUACUUUGCCCUAUUGCUGGCAGUUGAAGCUAUCAAGCAGUUCAUGGUGCAGUUUUGAUAACACAGAUUGUGAGAAUAUUGAGAAAUAUUUUUGUGAUGUCAACUGCACUGCUGCAGAAUUGAAUAUUUCAACAAAACUACCUGGAGAUGUACUGUCAAGGUAUGCUAGUGCUGUGCAAACUCCGGUUUUUCAUCUCCGGCUCCGGCCGAAUUACAGCUCUGAGCUCCGGCUCCGGCCACAGCAUAAAAUAUUAAAUAAAUGUUUUACGAUCAGAGAACAUUUAUCAAUAUUAUUAUGAAUAACCCUUUUCGCGCUUCCUAAUUAUCAGAUAACAUAACUCAGGAAACAAAACAGUGAAAACACUUAACCACGCAGAAAAUAUCUAUAUGGAAACAAGCCUCGAAAAAUCUUUGACACGAGGCAUGACGCGAGGCAUGACGCUAACACUCUCAGACUCCACAGCGCAAUUGUUCGCACGCAAACAAAGUACUCUGUCAUUUCCAAAAGGUUGAUAUUUAUUUGUUUUGUACUUUUUCGUUAUCAACAAGGCAUGAAUACACAGAAUACAGGCUUCAUGAAAGCAUGACGUUUGUAAGUUGCGAUCGUAUUACAGCUUUUCGACGCUGUUCCUGUGGGCUGUGGCAGUUUGAGUCUAUGAUGAAUUCAUUAACAGCAAUUGGCAGUUUGCAGUAACUAACAAUCGUUUGACAUUUGUCUCAUUUCAUAUUGUUUUCUUGUCAUUUUGCCGGAGCUGGGAAAACGUAACUCCGGCUCCGGGCUCCGGCAUACAAAAUUCGGCUCCGGCGUCGGAAAAACCGCCGGAGCUCCGGCAGAACUCCGGCUCCGGGAACUCCAGCGCACAGCACUAAGGUAUGCACAGGAAUAUAUGCUUUAUUAAUAUAGGCCUGAUUUAUACUUACUGUACAGGCAGAUGCCUAAAGGCUAGUUUCCACUCAGGAAAAUUAUCCGUGGAUUGGAGCGGACAAGAAAAUUUUUCUUUGUGUCAAAGUUAUUAGUUCCAACCCAGAGCUCACAAGAAAAAGAAAUACUUUCUUGUCCGUUCCAAUCCACGGAUAAUUUUCCUGAGUGGAAACUGGCCUUUAGAGAGAUUACACUUCCACUAGAGUUACUGCUACUAUGAGCCAAUCAGAAUUGUAAUAAUAUUAUAUUUUUUUCAACAGUGUUCGUUUAGACUUCCAGUCAAUGUCAGGCCAUCCUUCUGCUGGUGAAGAUUUUAAAAUCCGUCGUUUGGAGUGUCGACAAAAGACGACCCAGUAUGGAAGUGAAGCUUGGUGUGAAACACCAUGGAUGUGGUACAAGCUGGAAUUACCAAAAUGGAUUAAAUUUGAAACCAAUAGAGUAAGUCAUGCUUGUCCAGGCUAUAAACACAGGAUGAACAAUUCAAUAUUUAAUAAUAUGAUUGUCAUUUUUAGGCAAGUGUGUUUGAGGAGUUGUUCUUGGAAGGCAAGUUUUCAAUUGAUUGGUCAAUUCAUCGACGUAGACCCUCUGCUUUCUUGACAGAGAGUGAAGUUAAUGAGAAAAAGAGGUAAAGAAAAUGAAAAGAGUGCCAGGCAGGAUACCACUAUUCCCUAUGUUAUUCAGUCACAAUCCAGUGAUCGGAACAUUCCAAUGGAUAAUUCCAGCUAUCGACUAUUUUUUUUAUCUAGACAAGAAAGACGAAAUAUAUCAUUAUAGCUCAAAAGAGCAUCCUAAAAUUAGUUAAAUUGCAAAGUUUGGUUGCAAAAUGUUGUAAUAUACGAAAAAUAUAACCCUGUAAAAUGAGCAAAUUUUGAGUGUUUUAGUAUUACGCGCGGAAAAAUGCACCCCUUUCGGCUCAAGAAUAAUCUUUUCAUUGUUGUGAACAUCCAAUAGUUCACUAGGCCGUCCAGUCACGCAUUGCCAUGUUUGUUCCAUUCAUGUUUGUUUCAUUCAUGUUUGUUUCAUUCAUGUUUGUUUCAUUCAUAUUUAUUUCAUUCAUGUUUAUUUCAUUCAUGUUUGUUCCAUUCAUGUUUGUUUCAUUCAUACCGGUAUUUAUUUCAUUCAUGUUUAUUUCAUUCAUAUUUAUUUCAUUCAUCUUUAUUCCAUUCAUGUUUAUUUCAUUGAUGUUUAUUUCAUUGUUAGAAGCGGACAAGAACAGCAGACGCCAGAAGUAAAGACUGAAUCCACACCAAGCUCACCAGUAUCAACUCAACCUCCUCCAACCACUUCAGAGCCAGUUAGAGAGACUGCUCCUCUCCAGCCUUCUAACUGUCAUCGCACGAGAGUUGAACCUGGUUCCCUAGAAUACAAGGAGAUCGAAAAACUUCUGGGUAGUUCUACUAACCAAGAUGCUCUGGUUAUAAACCAGAUGGAAAAGAUAGUUAGUGAUGCUCUUUGGGAUAAGUAUAAGAGGUAGGGAAUUUGACAAACGGCUGAUGUUUACGACAGGCUGUCCAAAAUUACUUGCGGGAGAAAUUCAACCAAAUUGGGUUACCGCAAAAUCGGCUUUGCGAUAACUUGGGUUUACAAAAACAAAAACUGUCACACGAACUUAGAAUUUAUUAUUUUAUGUGACCUUAAAAACUCAUUAAUAAUUCAUGAAGAAAAUUCAAAAGAAAUGAAUGUUUAAUCAAUGUUUGCAAAUCGGAAAAAGAUUUGUCAUGAUUUACGUAAACUUCAGUUUUGAUUUUCUCAGCUUAGACAAUGUUUAGUUUUAAAAUUACUUCGCCAAUGAACUCACAAGAUGGGUCGUAUAUCAGAUAAAGAUAGGCUGCUAACUUUUUAACUAGUACAAAUGAAUUGUAAAGUAACCCAAUUAGAUCGCAGAACGCGUUUAAAUAUUAUUAACUGUUAACACAGUUGUUAAUUAUAGAAUCAAGAGAUUACGGACUUACAUUAAGUACUUUAGGGUAAUUAGGGAAACCAAAUCAGAUUACCGUAAAAUAAAGUUUGCGCUAACGCGGCGCAAUUUUGGACAGCCUGCGACUGAUGUUGCAAAGCAAAAAUCCAGGAUGUGGACCUUUCUAAAAAUGGACGUGCAGAAAAUAAUGUUAAUUUAUUACAUUCUAUGUAUAGUAGUCUUGUUUUUGAUGUCAAGUGAAUGGAAUUGAAAGAUGUAGUUUAAUUUACUUGCUGCUGGAACUGCCAACAUUUUUGAAGUUGAGCACCAUCUAUUGCUCUGGAACGCUGAGAGUGAAGCUGCCCCUGUACCGUUAUAUACGGUUCUCAGACUUCUUCUUUUAUUCAACAGCAAAAAGAAAUCCAUGACAGAUGAGCUUCGAAUAGGAGAAAAUCUGAACGAUCGUAGGCUGUUUAUACCAUGUCUAUCUGAAGAUAUUGAGAGAACUAUGAGAGGAAAUAUCCAUGAUAGCAGUAUUAGCAGAAUCUUAGAUAAACCAUUCGGUCCAGGAUAUUACUUCACAUCGAAUGCAUCGUUAUGUAUACAGUGGUGUAGAGAGCAUCUGGCAGGCUCUCAAGUCUCUCUCAUCGUAUGUCAAGUCUUGCUUGGAAUCUCUACCCAAGGUACACGUGGUUUAAAAGAAUUCCCUCGUCGUCAUGAUGGCAAGUUCUAUGACUCCUUGGUAGACAGCAAAGACGAUCCUUCUGUCUUUGUGAUUGAAAAUGUUGACCAGUGUUAUCCAGCAUUCGUUCUCGAUAUUUUGUACGCCGCUACUCCGGUGAACGAGACACAAGCAAUGCUACAAGGUUUGAUUUAUUUAUUUAUUUGUAAUGCCAUAGAUGGUUAUAGCGCUUUUUAUAUGGUGCCAAAUGCGUGAUGGUCAACUUCAACUGUAUUGACAUGACCAAAGCCGGGCCAAUACACGCUUCCUGAAAGUAUGUCACCUUGCCUAUAUAGAGCCUCGAUUCCGUGAUUGAGACGUGAACUUUAACAAAUGUCACACGCACGAAAACGAGGCUCUAUAGCCAAGGUGACGUAAUUUCCGAAAGGGUGUAUUAAAAUGAAAACAUAUAGAGAACAAUUUAGUUACUUUGAUGAUUAUAUAGUAGAAGCGUAGUGGAAUCUAUAUUAAAGGACGGGCAAGGAUUAAUUUGCAUACGGCUAGUUGUACUCAGAAAGUCAUGUCAAAAUGUGCUUUAAAAUUCUCCUGAGCCAAAACUUUCUGUCUCAAUAUGUGUUUUGAACAUUUCUGAGUCGGUCUAUGACGAAAAAAUUUUUUCGAUCAGCCCGAAAUUUUCUAAGUCAAAUUUUAGUCGAAAUUUGCUAAGGCAAGCUCAGCUUUACUUGACUCAAGAAUCCGGGCAACGGGCAAGCGUAGUGGAAUCUAUAUUAAAGGACGGGCAAGGAUUAAUUUGCAUACGGCUAUAGUUGUACUCAGAAAGUCAUGUCAAAAUGUGCUUUAAAAUUCUCCUGAGCCAAAACUUUCUGUAUCAAUAUGUGUUUUGAACAUUUCUGAGUCGGUCUAUGACGAAAAAUUUUUUUUGAUCAGCCCGAAAUUUUCUAAGUCAAAUUUUAGUCGAAAUUUGCUAAGGCAAGCUCAGCUUUACUUUACUUUUCAAGAAUCCGGGCAACGGGCAAGCGUAGUAGAAUCUAUAAUAAAAUCUGGGUAAGCCUAAUAUUUUCUAAGUCAAAAUUUGGGCGAAAUUUUGUAGCAUCGUAACUUUGUUGAGUUAACUAUUGACAUGCUAUUGGGACUCCCGAAUUGUUCAGCACGUUGAUCCAUCGGUUUAGAACUCUAGCUUUUGCAUUGUUUAAAACCCUUAAUGUUGGUUCGACUAUAGGCAUUUUUUAAAUAUGUUAAAAUGAUCUAAAUGACGAACGAAACGCUGGGUCAAUAAAUGGUUCUCGAAGAGGAGGUGUUUUAUAUUGGCACCGUUCGCUUCUUUAUUCAUGCAAAUUACGCCGUGUAGUUUAAUGUAAUGAGCGUAGUGGUUUUUAAUAUUUGUUCAGUUAAAAUGCUCGAGGGCGUGAAUAAUUAUUUUUUUGUGGGCAAUUGAGGUUUCAGGUCACUAACCAGGUCGUUAACAAACCCCAACCCCUUAAUCAAAAUUUAAUGGUCCAUGACUGUCUUUGUUGUGGUGAGAUUGUCUGGGAAUAUUAAUAAUAUGCAUAUUGUUAUUCGACGCGUAGAGACAAGAAUUGCUUGUACGUUGAGAUCGAGAAUUAAAUAAUCGGACACCGUGCCACAUUUCAUGAGGAUCGCACCCAAAAUGGAGGAGCCUUAGGCUUUUUUCGAAUAGCGUCGACCCCGACCAGUUCCUGGUCCAAAAAUGUGCAAUUACGAUCGUGGCAGUAAUGUCUGAUGCAAAACGAACGCAAACACGUGAUUUUCAUAAUUUUUCUCUAGAUUUUGAAAUCGUUGAGGAUAACCAUGGAUUGACAGCUACACCUCGACACAAUUACCCCCAAAUACCCCCACCUACAUAUGUACCCCCUAAUAAUCAUCCACUUUCGCCAGCAUAUGUACCCCAAAUUCCCAACACAGCAUCUGUUGCACUGCAACAACAACCAUUACCCCCAAAUACCCCUUCAGGCCCACCUGAUUUUGUCAAAGCUCCCCCACUCUACUCAGAAAGAGCGCCAGCCCCAGUUCCUUCGCCCGAGUACACUCCUUACCCCGCCCGCCCACCACCACCAAGUGUUGUACCCUCAAGAGGUAAUGUGAGGCAAAUGUCAGCACCACGCUCGUCUGGAGAACCGAAGGACAAGAAAGAUUGUUUGGUGAUGUAA